ACCGCAUUUCCUUCAAAAAGUUACACGCAUUCCCCUUUCCCUUUUGCUUCAUUCUUCAUUUUCAUUCCAAUCUCUAUUCUAAUUUAGGGUUUUGUUUUCUCCCCUUCCUUCAAUUCAACACCCUCUCGUUGAUUAUGGACGGAGCCUGCAAUGGCGGCAUGUUGUAUCACGAGGUUCAAGAAUCCAAGCUUUGCGCUGUCCAUUGCGUCAACACCGUCUUGCAAGGUCCCUUCUUCUCCGAAUUCGAUUUGGCUGCUCUCGCUUCCGAUCUUGACCGCAAAGAGCGCCAGAUGAUGCUUUCUGGCUCCACCACCGGUGAUUUCCUCUCCGAGGAGUCUCACAAUGUCUCCCUGGACGGUGAUUUUAGCAUCCAGGUCUUACAAAAGGCUUUGGAGGUAUGGGAUCUCCAAGUCAUUCCUCUUAACUCACCAGUCGCUGAACCUGCGCAGAUUGAUCCUGAACUGGAGAAUGCGUUUAUAUGUCACUUGCAAGACCAUUGGUUUUGUAUUAGGAAAGUGAAUGGGGAGUGGUACAAUUUCGAUAGUCUAUAUGCAGCCCCACAGCAUCUUUCUAAGUUUUACCUUUCAGCUUACUUGGACUCUCUAAAGGGCUUUGGUUGGAGCAUUUUUAUUGUUAGGGGUAACUUUCCUAAGGAUUUUCCCAUCUCAUCCUCUGAAGCAUCCAACGGUUAUGGUCAGUGGCUUUCCCCUGAGGAUGCUGAGAGGAUAACCAAAUCGUGCAACUCUACCCAAGCCCCCCCUCCUCCUCAAAGAGUAAACUGGACAGAGCAGCAUGAUACAUUUCUUUCAUCUGGAGAAACAGAAAUGCUAAUAGACAUGGAGGAUGAGGACUUGAAGGCUGCAAUAGCUGCUAGCCUUUUGGAUUCUUCAGCAGUCAUGGCAGCAGGAGCUGCUAACUCCCAAAACGAACCUGCAGUUUCCUCCACCCAAGCUGCCUCCCCCCAGAAUGUGCCUGUUGUUUCCCUUGAAACUGCCAAGACCGAAGAUGCACCCAUAGUUUCCCUAAAAGCUUCCACCCUCCAAGAUGUUCCUGCAGUCUUUCCCAAAGCUGCCACCCUCCAAGAUGUACCUGUAGUUUCCAACAAACCUUCCUCCCCCCAAAAUGUACCUUUUGUUUCCCCUAAAGCUUCCACCUCCCAGGAUGUACGUCCACUUUCCCCCGAUGCUACUGCAACCCCUCAAGAUUUACAUGCUGUUUCCACCACCAAAACUGCCACCCCCAAUAACAAACCUGCGGUCUGCACGGAAGUUUCUGUUCAUCAAAACGAGUCUGGAAAUGAAUCUGUAGGCAAUGCAGAAGCUGCCUUCCGUGAAAGUGGACCUGCAGAUAAUGCAGAAUGUGGCGUUUCCAGCCCUCGAAAGAAAAUUAGUCGUACGGAUGAGGGAACUGCAUGAGGAAAGAGUGCUUUCUGCCUUGAAUAUGAUUUUUGGUUCAAGACGGAUGAGAAGAGGAUUGGCUUAUAGACAAGAAUAAGAGAAUUUACAGGAGAAUGGGAACCGGGAUCCUUAUUGAGGUUGAGGUUAGCUAGUAGAAGGUCGAAUUCAUGCUUUACAAUCGUUCUGUGCAGUGUAACUAUUUUCACUUUUUCAAUUUUCAGAUUGAUACUGUAUAAACGUUUAAAAAAAUAAGCCGUCGGCUUGGUCCCUCUGGAUUGUCACAAAUGUUCGAUUACAGAGUUGAAUCUGUGUCUUCGAAAAUAUUUUAUUGAUCUCAAAGUAUCCCCA